AUGGAAAGAGCCCAGAGUCGAACCUUCCUCCUCAACAGAACAGCAAGAGAUGCUUUUAAAGUGGUAGAGCUAGAACUCAAUUUCUUCUAUGAAAUUCUCUACACCAAGGCCAAGGUGUUGCGAGGUAGAUAUGGAUUUCUUCUUCGGUUUGUUUCAUUCGUGUUAACUGUGGUAGCCAUUGUGCAUUUUCAUUUGAUUGACAAGCAGGGAUUCCAGAAGAUGGAUGUUAGAAUCACCUACUUCUUGCUCCUUGGUGCCAUUACCCUCGACAUAUCAUCAUUUCUCAAGGUCGGUUUCUCUGAUCAGAUUGCUGUGGUCCUCACUCAGUCCAAUAAUCCAUCCUUGGUUGUUCGAAUCCUCAGGAAAUCCCUCAAUGUUAAUAGGGAAAGGUGGCCUGAUGAAAACUCUAACUCUACCCAACAUUGUACUACCUGUUCUUUUGGGAGGUUUAUGCAAGUCAUGCAUCGCACGUGGUCUGAAUCUAUCUAUCAACGCAACUUGAUACGUUAUUGUCUAAAAAGGGCAAAGUUCUUUGGCCAUAAGAAGGGGUCAAAAUAUUACUUCUGGGUUAAAUUCACCAAUGACCUACGAGACUUUAUCUUCGAGGAACUGAAGAUGAAAUCUAAGCUGGCGGAUGAUAUAGAGACUGCCAAGGAGAUACAUCAAGCCAGGGGUGAUUGGGUUCUUCGAGUGGAAGGUUGCACUGACUUACUCCAUUGGAUCAACGAUAAUGAUUUUGAUGAGAGCCUUCUUUUGUGGCACAUCGCUACUGAACUCUGCUUUGCCAGAGAGGACAUUUCUAUGAAUAAGGAUUUUCGUGGUCUGUCAAAGAUUCUGUCAGAUUACAUGUUAUAUCUUCUGCUGGUUCAGUACAAAAUGAUGUCCGCUGUGGCACGUAUUGGGGAAAGAAGAUUCCAAGAUACCUGUGCUGAGGCCAUAAAUUUCUUCAGAGAAAGAAAAAUAGGACAGUCUAAGAAAGUGCCUUUACACAUACAAGCCUGCAGAAGUAUCCUUAAUGUCAAUGUAACAGUUAAACCAGCUAUUGUCAAGGGAGAUAGAAGCAAGUCUGUGUUGUUUGAUGCAUGCAUGCUUGCCAAAGAGCUGGAGGAAUUAGGAGAGGGGAAAAAAUGGGUGAUAAUUAGCAAAGUUUGGGUUGAAAUGCUGUCCUAUGCUGCCUCUCGUUGCACAGCUCUUGCCCAUGCCCAACAACUGUGUAGAGGUGGUCAACUCAUCACAUUUGUUUGGUUGUUGAUGUCUCAUUUGGGCUUAGAGAAUCAGGUUCAAAUAAGUGAGGGCCAUGAGAGGGCAAGAUUAUUUGUAGGAAAGUAG